AUGGACUGUAUGCUAAGCAAAGAUUCUUACGGAGAGGAUUCUAGACGAGAAUCUGGUGAGCGACUUCUUGCCGAGGAAGAAGGCACUCCCUGGAGUGGGAAUGGAACAUCGGCGCUCACUUGCACCAGAUUCCUAGCAUGUCUCUUCCAGUUGAGUGCACUUGCGUUGGUAUUCCUAGUCGGGACUCUGUUCGGUUUCCACUGGCGUGGUGACCUGGAUGGCCUUUGUAGUCGACAUGUUUCGCAAUAUUCGACUGUCAUGAAGGAAGUUGGGAUCCAGUAUAGUCUACAGGAAUUCAAUGGCUCUCUCCUGAAAGAGAAUGUUUUCCGACAAGAUGCUGGCCCAGAUGUUGAUGCGGCGUGGGAGUCCUUGGGUGUCAACUACCGCAGUGUUCGAAUACCGCCAGAGGACGCGGAACAAUCUGGCCUUGCUGCCGACCAAGUGAAGAUCAACGCGAAGUAUGGGGGAGGGUUUCCUGCAAAUGUUGAAGGCUUGCACCACCUUCAUUGCCUGAACCUCCUUCGUCAAUCUCUUUACUACAACUAUGACUAUUACCACACCAGGGGGAUGGGCCCUUCACGAACAAUGACUAUAUUAUCCGCCGCCACGUCACAUUGCCUCGAUAUUCUGCGCCAAGAGCUCAUGUGCACCGUGGACAGUGGGGUUUUGGGUCAAGUCUGGAUUUACCCCGAGAAUCCAGAGCCCUAUGUUGACUUCAACACUCAGCAUCGAUGUAAAAACUUUGACGCUGUCCGUCGCUGGGCGGAAGAGAACCAGCUUCCUCAAGAUCCCCCUUCAGACUUCCUGCAAGCACCAUUGGAAGGAGACCGGGUCUAUAGCCAAAUGCCGUAA